CUGCUCCACCGGAGCCCGUAGUCUCUUUGGAAACUUCUGCCGGGGGAAAGAGCUAGGAAAGAGCUGCAAAUCGGUGUAGGGUUUUUUUCUCCUUUUUUGCUCCUUUUAAUUCCCCCCUCCUCCGUUUGCACCCUUCUCCGAGCUUCACGCGGAACCUGCGAAUUUCGAAGAGGUGGUGGCAGAGUGGGAGCAAAGAAGUGUUAGGGUUUUGGAUUGGGGGCUUUUUUUCUUUUAAUUUCUUGAUUUCAACAUUUUCCCCCCACCCUCGCGGCCACAGCCGCCGCCUCUUACCUGUUCCGCGGCAGCCGCGCGCCGCAGGCAGCUGAAGGGUAGAGAGGAGCAGGGUGUACUUCAGAUUUUAAACAAAAUUUUUGAAGGCAGACCCAUUUUUCUCCCCCACCCCCACCCCCUUCUCCUCCACAGCCUCCGAGCGCAUUAUUCCGGUGGUCGUUUUGGGGUGGACAAGUUUUGGCUUUUUCCUCCCUGUAAUUCUGACCGGGUCCCGCCGAGCGCGGGGGGGUGUUGUUUCUCCGGCCUCCACUCCCUCCGCGUGCACCUGGCGCAGCUCUUCUCCCCCCAACCUGUUGCAAGUCCUUUAAUCCUUGCAUUUGGGACUUGAUCGUGGGCGCCUCAGCCCUCCAUCUCUCCCUACAUUUUGCAAUUGUCUGGGGGAGGGCACCUGCUCUACCUGCCAGAAAAAAAAAAAUUUUUUUUUUUUUUAAUUUCUCCGGGCGCCCCCCUGGCCCCUUUCUCCCUACACUAUCGCUCUCGUGCCCCGCCCCAAGGUAAAGGGGAAGACACGGAGAAGAUGGUGCUCACCGCGGUCCUCCUGCUGCUGGCCUCCUGUGCGGGGCUGGCCCAGGGCCUGGGCUCCUUCGUGCACUGCGAGCCCUGCGACGAGAAAGCCCUCUCCAUGUGCCCCCCCAGCCCCCUGGGCUGCGAGCUGGUCAAAGAGCCGGGCUGCGGUUGCUGCACUACUUGCGCCCUGGCCGAGGGGCAGUCGUGCGGCGUCUACACUGAGCGCUGCGCCCAGGGGCUGCGCUGCCUCCCCCGGCAGGACGAGGAGAAGCCGCUGCACGCCCUGCUGCACGGUCGCGGGGUUUGCCUCAACGAAAAGAGCUACCGCGAGCAAGCCAAGAUCGAGAGAGACUCCCGUGAGCACGAGGAACCAACCACCUCCGAGAUGGCUGAGGAGACCUACUCGCCCAAGAUCUUCCGGCCCAAGCACACCCGCAUCUCUGAGCUGAAGGCCGAGGCCGUGAAGAAGGACCGCAGAAAGAAGCUGACCCAGUCCAAGUUUGUGGGGGGCGCUGAGAACACUGCCCACCCCCGGGUCAUCUCUGCACCUGAGAUGAGACAGGAAUCCGAGCAGGGCCCCUGCCGCAGACACAUGGAAGCUUCCCUGCAGGAGCUCAAAGGUAGCCCACGCAUGGUGCCCCGUGCCGUCUACCUGCCCAAUUGUGACCGCAAAGGAUUCUACAAGAGGAAGCAGUGCAAGCCUUCCCGCGGCCGCAAACGUGGCAUCUGCUGGUGCGUGGACAAGUACGGGAUGAAGCUGCCAGGCAUGGAGUAUGUCGAUGGGGACUUUCAGUGCCACACCUUCGACAGCAGCAACGUUGAGUGAUGCGUCCCCUCCCCAUCCUUCCCUCGCCCCGUCCCACCCCCAGCCCCGACUCAAGCCAGCACCUCCCUCCACCCCAGGACGCCACUCAUUUCAUCUCAUUUAAGGGAAAAAAAAAUACAUAUAUCUAUCUAUUUGAGGAAACUGAGGACCUCGGAAUCUCUAGCAAGGUCUCAACUUUCAAACCGGCAACAGCGGAGAUGCAAAAAGCUAAGAGACCCCCCCCCCCAACCUUUGAAAAUGGUUUUCUUUUUGAAGCAAGUUGAAUGGACAGGGAGGGGAAGGGAGGAGGAACAUGAGAGAGAAAGGAAGAAAGUGCACGUGUAGAAGAGAGGGGGAGACAAACCGAGUUUGGAAAAAGGAAAGAAGAAUGUGGGCAGGAAGGAAAGAUCACCGGGACCAUGGCUGGAUCCACCUGUCAUAUCCAGCCCUGGCCUGAGUUGGGAGACGUUUGGGCACUAGAAGGUAUGGCCCAAGGUGUGGCAUUCGAUGACACCCUUGGGGGUUUUCCCGACUGGAUUGGAUGCAGGGGGAGAAAGGAAAAGACAGAAGGGGUCAGUGCCUCUCCUGGAUCUGUCUCCACCUCCAGCCAGCGAGCUGCAUGGCUCCCACCCGCCCCUCCUCCCCUCUCACCCGGCAGAGGGUUCUCCCUCCCCAAAACUUCUAAAAACUAAAAUGCAUUCCAUUCUUCUCCAAACAGAGCAAAUGAAUAACCGAGUGUCAUUAGAGAGAUAGAUUUUUCCUAAGCAGAUACAUAAAGAUUGUGUGUACGUCUUUCACUCCCCGUGCAGACGUUUAGAACCCAGUACACACGCCCAGAGUGGACAGACUUGCCCUUCCAGGGUGACUAGAUCAUGCCGACACGCACGGUGAUUUCAGCCCCUCAUUGCACUCAAUUCACCAUUAGCACGGCCUCUGUGGGGGAGGAUAGGCUGAAAACGAUGUGGCCUCGUAUUUAUCUACGAGGCUCCAUGUAGUGAUCUAUAAGGCAUAUAAAUCUAUUCUCUUUCUUUUUUUUUCUUCUUUCCUUUCUUUCAAAGGUUUGCAUUAACUUUUCAAAGGAGUUCCUCUGGGGGCACUGAGGAACUUCCUCAUUUGGGGAAAAACCAAGAAAACCCAAAUUCUUCUAACACAACCCUUAACUCUGGUUUGGCCAGCCUCCCUCGAGGGGCAAACACAACCUUGGGCGGGCCACGGUGUUGGAUUUUUUCACGAUUCCCCGUACGCGUGUGUGGGUGUCCAUAGGUACCACCGAGCCAGGUAGAUGAGGGCUCUCGAUGGUGCGUUGCCCCUGAGUGCACCACCCCCCUCCCCCCCCCCCCCCCCCCCCCCCCAGCACAUCCUUUGGACCCUCCAGAAGUAACCGGCUCUGGGCCCUGCACCAGUCGCGCACACCAGCUCCAAGUUGGACCCCCUGGUCCUGCCCAGCCUUUUCAUUUCAUCCGGGCAGAGCCUGCAUUUUGAAAGCCUCUCUGGGCCUUCACGCUGGCAGAGCGGGAGAGAGACUGAAGUGAGAGGUGGCAGCAGGGGUGCUGGAAGUGAACCGGUUUAAAUACAGGGAAACAGUAAAAGUGAUUGCAUUGCGCAGGCCCACGUAGAGGGCUGGGGGCUGGAGGGACGGGGGUAGUGGGCAGGGGGACUGCCCUGUUUUAGCUUUGGAGCAAAGCAACAGAAAGGAGGACAGAGCCAAGAGAAGCCUCCCUGGCUCCCCACCCUCUACACCCUUUGGGAUUCGAGAGGAAAGAAAGAGGAAGAUGGGGGCACAGUUUCUCAGAGAGAAAUGAGCUUAAUCCAGGCCUGAGGGCCAGUAAAGUGGGCAACUUUAGGCAGGUUCUAGACCCUCGCUGCUGGACAGGAGCAAGGAUCGGCAGAGACUGGCUGUGCUUUUGAAGGGACAAGACCAUGCGCUCACGUGGCUACCUUCAACCCGCAAGGAGGGACUGAGGCCAGAGUCUUUCGAGCUCUCCACCCACACGGGCCGGUGCAGGCUUUGUCCUCGGUGUGGAGGAUGGACGAGAGGCCAGGACGACCAGGAAAUGGAUGCCCCAAGGGUGCUGUCAUUUGGCAGCCAGAUUUUGAACCAGGAAAAUUCCCAUUCCUGUUGACUUCCUCCACGGAUUGGCAGCCGUGGGGCUGUCCUCUGAGGCUCAAGAAGACCUGCCAGGAAAGGGCAGGAAACUGGCAAAGAAGACCCCUUCUUGCCGUGAACACAGCUCUCUCCACUCUCUCCCGAUGGCGUGGCACCAUGGAGGCCACCCCAACACCGAACUUGGGGCAGUGAAGAGGGACAGCAGAGAAGCAGAUAGAUUUCAGCUGGUGGGAAACUUGUAGCUAUGGAACUCGGGGAGGGGGGGGUCUCCUGCCCCCCCAACUGGACAGGUGGCUGGGACAGGAAAGAUGGUCGAUUGUCAUAGGACAGAGGGCCCUACGGGGAUGGCAGCCGUGAGGACUCACUUGACCUGCUGCGUCCGUGCGCCCCAUCUCUCUGCACAACUGUCCCCAAGCCCCCGACUCACGUUUCUGUGUCUUAGGCCAGUAUUGUAAACCUUUCCCACCUCA